GUCGUGGUAGUCACUUCCAACAUUUAUAUUAGGGUGCAGUUCUCUAAAAUCUACUAGCAGAUAUCGUCGACGGAUUUAUUCAGAUCAAGCAUUUACAUCUAACAUCAUAAGAUCCUCUAUAUCAACGGCGGCGCUGUCCGUGAUAAGUGGUGGCAGAAGCAAUGGCCGCCUGAACCGUGAGGAGCAGAGCUGUCGCAGUAGUUGCUGACUAUCCGUAGACAGUGUGCGAUAGUGAGAGGAAGUCGCUUUUAAAGCUUUCGUCUUUUUUAAAACCGUCAAGGAGUCGCCCCUGGAGAGAACGAAACGUUGGCCAGGUCGCACGUGCUGCUACUACUGCUGCUGUUGCUGCUGCUGCUGCUGCUGCUGCUGCUGCUGCUGCUGCUGCUGCUACUGCUGCUGCUGCUGCUGCUGGGCUUUCUACGCGAUCGAGAACAUCGACCACCACUGCAGUGUGUGCUCAUGCUCACCUCUACGUUGCCCCGCGUGAGGAUUUGGUUUCUUUGCUGUGGGCAUUGUUGCUGACAGCUGACACGCUAGAUGACCAGGCCAAGUCUGAAUGGACAGCCAAGACAAUUCUUUAGAAGUGGGAGGUGUUUCUAUGAUCUCUGACUUUUCUGAACCUGCAGAGAUUCUUGAAGUCACUGAAUCCACUGGUCUCAGCCCUCUGACCUCUUCCCUUGAUCAUAAUCUCACCUUCCAUGAAGAUAGCCCUUCUUCCAACGAGAGCAAAAUGGGCAUUGAAAACACAUGGACUGAAGCAAAUACUUCUGCCUCAGAUUAUGCUGUACCAUUGCAAGCUUCAUUUCCAGAAUUAGUUUCAGAUCCAUUAAACGAUAAUAGGAAUGGUGUUGAACAUGGGCCUUUCCUUCCCUCGAGUGAAGCUGAACUAAAUGAUUUUUUUUCUGAUACUGGAGAUCCUCCUGAUGAUUCAGUAAUUGAAGUAAAUGCACCAGCUGGUGUGUGUGGUCUACGGAACUUAGGUAAUACUUGCUUCAUGGCAGCUGGACUACAAUGCCUGACUGCUACACCACCAGUGCUGUGUCAUUUUCUUGAAUUGCAACAACGCAGCGAGAAAGUACCGCCACCUGGCUCAUUAAUGGCAAAUUUCAGUGCAUUAUUGAGCAAAAUGUGGUCAGGCAAGUAUAAUGUACUACAGCCCACUGAAUUUAAAGAGACUCUUGGAGUAUAUCACUCACAAUUUAAAGAUUAUCGACAGCACGAUUGUCAAGAAUUUUUGGCAUUGCUGCUAGACUCCUUACAUGAACAAAUGAAUUUAUCAAAGACAAAUAAGCCAUGCCAUAUACCUACCGCUACAGCGACAACUGCCAGUGCUACAAAUUCAAAUCAAAAUGGAGACAAAGAACCUUGUUUGGGGGCUACAUUUAAUACUGCCACUUGUGAUCCUGAUUUCAUGGACUUUUUUGAUGAGCAUAUUUCACUAGACAACCCGAAUAGUCCUAAUGUUACCAUGGCUGGUUCACCUAGAGAAUCCUGUUUGGAUGAUCUGGAUAGUACGGCAAAUUCUCCUCACAAUUCUCCAUUGAACGAAGACGAGGAGACUCUGGACUCGGACGAGAUUGUCGAUCCAAAGUCUAGUUUCAACCACAAUGAUAUGAAAGAACUCCGUCAACUACGGCUAAACAAAUUCAACGACAUCGCAAAGGAUGCCAAAACAAGUAAUGCCAACUUCUUAGUAUCGCCGCAAGAGUGUAAUAAUGAAAUACAUUACGACUCGCAAAAGUUCCCUAAGGAAAAUAGCCGAAGAAUUACCCUUGAGAACGCCAAUCUUACGGAGAGUCACGAUUUUGACAAUAAAAACGUCAGCGGCAAGCGGUUAAAAGAAGUCAAUUGCCAGCGGACCAAAUGCAGUCCAGAAUGUGUUUCAAGCGGAUCUGAAACGGAGUAUGACAGCGGAUUGGAAAAGUGUAAUGUUAAGCGAAUGCGAUUAGAGGACCAAGAGAAGAAUCAUAAGAAAGAUGUGCUUGAUGCUGAUGCAUUGCAAUGUGCGAGGCUUCUGCAAAAUCAUGAAAACGGUGCUGUAGCGACGCAAGACGAUGUCGAGGCUGAAAAACACUGGUCUAAGCAUUUACGAGCAAACCGAAGCGUUAUUGUCGAUACCUUUCAAGGCCAGUUCAAGAGCACGGUGGUAUGCUCACAUUGUAAGCAUGUAUCGGUAACAUACGAGCCAUUUAUGUACCUGUCUGUACCGCUACCUUAUGCGAUGGAAAGGCAGUUGACCGUUACUUACAUUCCCGCCAACGGCGAAUCACCUAUCAGAUGCGUUGUCUCGCUCAAUAAACAGUCUAGGGUUAGUAAGCUUAAGGAGGAAUUACUGAAGACUCUCGAAAAAAAUGACGUAUCUACGUCCAGUAUUGCUGUGGCUGAGGUUUUGGAAAAUCAUAUCGCAAAAAUAUUGGAAGACAACCUAAUGCUGAAGUUCGUGAAUGACUCGACACGAUUAAUCUAUGCAUUCGAGCUGAAAGAUCCUCCCGAGCCAUGGGUCGAGUCCGACACUGCUAUCCCAAGUACAAGCAGUAGUAGUGGUUGUAGCAGUAGUAAUAGUACUGACCAGCCAAUCGAGAAUAGUCCAAGUAGUACGAGCUUGUCUGUGGGUUCGGCUCCAGAUGAACCUUGCACAAUCUGCCUAGAGGAGAACGAUGGUGAUCUUAAGAGACACAGUGAGAACAAUUGUAAGCUUCUCAUGUGCGAUCCUUGCAUCGAGAACUACUUCAAGAGCGACAAGAGACCGAACAAGUGUCCAGUGUGCUCAGCUGAGAUGACCUCUAGCUCCUUCGUCAGAAUCGACCAGUCCCAACGUGCUCGUCCCGCUAUCCGAAUACUCAAUGUGCCGUUGGUAAUGCGACACGACACCGUCGAGGCAACCAACAAUCGUAAAAGUACCAAGCUUUUUGGACAUCCACGGCUAUUCAAACUACCCUCGAGGAUCGAUGCCAAAGAUCUAUGGACACUUGCUAAAACGGUUGUGCCAGAAGAUGAUACUUUUACACUUCAUCUCGUAGAUGGGCAGGGUCGUCACUGCUCCCGAUGUAUAUUUGGAUCGCAUUGUACUGGUUGCAAGGUUGUUGAGAGUGGUAUGGUUAAUUUACAAAACAUCGAUACUCUGGCCAUACGGUACACCGAAAACGUUCCUACAACCCAACAGGUCAUAGAUCACGUAAGUGUCAGUCAACUAAGGAAGCACCAUCAGCUUUCUCUUUACGACUGUUUACAAGCAUUUAGCCAAAGCGAAAUCCUAGAUGAACACAAUCCAUGGUAUUGUCCUAAAUGUCGAAAUAAUCAAUGUGCUACUAAAACGUUAACCGUUCAUCGGUACCCCAAGUUCCUUAUUGUCUAUCUUAAAAGGUUCGUUUUCUAUGAGUGCGUGAGUACGAAACUGGACGAUAAAGUGACCUUUCCCUUGGUAGGGUUAAGUUGCGGAAAGCACCUAUACGACUUAUAUGCGUGCGUUUGUCAUUUUGGUGGAGUAUCUGCUGGACACUACACGGCCUACGCGAAAAAUCCACAAACAGAUGUUUGGCAUUACUACAACGAUGACAUCACGAGUAAACAAAAACCGCAUGAGGAAGACUUUAGUAAUGCUUACAUUUUGUUUUACAGUCGGCAAGGGUCCAACGUGAAACAGUGCAAUAUUUAAGGUCUUAUAACUAAGGAUACUAAGAAAAGUCGUACAUGACUGAAAAUCAUUAUCGCAAAAGACUUUUAAAGAUCUCAAAUGAGGUCUGUAAUUACGUAAAAGACAAAACAUAACUGAAAAUAUCUUUCAAAUUCGUUGGCUGUGUAUGUGAUGUAGCGAAAUUCGGACGAUGAUUCGCUCAAUGAUACUUGCUUUUUUUUCUUCAUUUUAAAGUCUUCGUUCAUAAUACUUGCGUUGGUAAGAGAUAAACUUAUUAAAGCUUUCCGUAAUAAGUGCUCAGAAAGAACGAUCAUAAGAAAUGGCACUUACAGUUCCGGAUAAAAUGUAGAGAUAAACAUGUACUAAAAAUUAUUAGAUCAUUUGAAUGGCGAAGUAAACGAGUGUUCCAGGAAUAUGUGUAAACAUUUUUUAUGUAAUACAAAUAGCGGAACAUUGCGCAUUGUUCCUCUCUCGGCAAUUUUAAUUUAUUUAAUUACUUUUCAUUCAAUUAAUUAACCGAUGAUGGGAUAUUUUUGAAACCUGUGCGUUUAACAAAAGAAGAAAUUGUAUUUUAUACAAAAGACUGCUUAAUUUGAUAUAAAACUACUAAUUGGUAGUACGUGAUUGCGAUGCUGCUGAUCAUUUACAGUAUCAUAUAUAUAUAUAUAUAUACGCAGUAUGAGUAUCCUGGAAGUGGUUAAUUGAAAUUUACCGGUACAUAAAAUAUUUUAAUCGUAAAAAGCAAAAGAAUUAGGUAAAAUCUUUAGAAAAUUUUUUUAAUGAAAUUGAUGAAAUAUUUCAUACGCGUUCCUCGAAUAAAUAUUGUUAAUUUGUCUGAUUUAUUAUUUUUUUUUAAUUAGUCGAAUAAUUUUUUGAUAAUUUUUAUUAAGACCGAGGAAUAGUGUAAUGGAAACAAAAGAAAAGCCGUUUUGACGUGAAAAUGUUUAAACGGAUUUGUACAAUAGACAAAAAUUUUGGUCAUUUCUAAUGGACGUAAUUUAUUAGAAAAAUAUAAAUAAAAAGAUCAUCGUUGAACUCUGCGUUUUACAUUA